AUGAAGUAAAAGCAAAAUUCAGAUACAAGUAACCUUCAAAAUAUGAAUUCGAAUUUUAAUUUAAUAGACAACUCUUUAGAUAAAAAUAACUUUUAAAAUGUUUCUCUUUAAGGGAGGCUGUUUAUCAAUAAUUCAGUUAAGAAUUUAUUAGGAGACGAAGGAUUAACAAAUACAUCAAUAAUGAAUAAUUCAUUAAUUUGUUAUGAAAAUAAUAAUAAGGUUUAACUCAAUAAUAAUAAUAAUAUUAUUUCAUAAAGUGAAAAGAAUAUAGUAUUUUAGACAUUGCAAAAAGAUGGCUUAAAAAACCAAAAAAGGCACUUUAGUGAAAGCGCUGAUAGUAUUUCAUAAUUUUUUAAAGUAGAAUUUGGCUAAUCUGAUUAGAAGUAGAACAUAGUGAGAGAAGAUGAUUUUCUUGGUAGCUUUAAUUAAAAUAAUUGCUUUCAGAAUAGAAAUAAGAAAUUGAAUUCUGAAUAAUUAGAAUCAAGCUAGAUUCAUGACAUUAAUAAUGAUCAUAAAAUUUAAGUAGAAUAAUCUGAAAUAAAAGAAGACGAACAAUAAGAAUAAGAAUAAUUAACAUCCAAAAAUGGAGUAACUCAAGAAACUUAUAAAAACCCAUAAGUAAGAUAAAGUUUACAAAAUUUUGAAAAAGCUGCAAAUAUAAUUAAUAAAGUAAUUGGAAAUUCAGUCAAUAGGGUUGAAAGAAUAAAUUUGCAUGUAAAAAAUUUUAUAUUGUUCCUCAAAUUUAGGAUGUAGAAAAGGAGAUUGUAAGAUUUAGCUGAAAAUGAAUACAAGUUACUAAAUGAUUGCACAUACUUUUACAAUAAAAUUAUGUAAAAAAGACUUUUAAAUAGAUUUUUUGCUUAAAUUUACUAGGCCGCAAAGUUUAAAAUUCCAAUACCCGUCUUUAUGCCAACUGACACUUUAAGAGUUUAUUGGGAUAUAUUCUAAGUUAUUUUUACCUAUUGCUUCAUUUAUAUCUACUCUAUCCUCAUGUUUUUUUACUAAGAAGAAUAAGAUACUGAUACAAUAAGACAGUAUUUUAAGUACACUUUUAUUGUAUUUCUCUUAGACGUACUGUUUAAUUUUAAUACUGCUUAUUUUAAUAAAGAUAUGAUUAUUGUCAAUCGCAAAUACAUAGCGUGGCAAUACAUUUCUUCUAAUCUAUUUUUAACGGAUGCUAUUUGCCUUAUUGUAAUGGGUUCUAAAGUUAUUUUUUAAAGUGUUAAUUUAGUCUAUAAUCCUAACAAUAAGCUCAGUACAUUAGCAGUUAACAUGCUUAUUUUUCUAAAAUUAAAUGGAAUACAGCCUAAGAGAAUGCGGUUUAGCUACGCUUUUACAUUGAGAGAAAAUUAAAAGCACAUAAUGAGACUUUUUAAUUAGCUUUUUAGUGUUAUCUCUGUAGCACAUGUUGUAAGCUUAGCAUGGUAUUAUCUAGGAAUAUACGAAAUUUAAAAUGGAUACACUGUAUCGUGGUUACAGAAAUACAAUUUUGACACCUUAGGUUAUUUAGAGAAGUAUAUAUACUCUCUAUAUUGGUCUAUUACAACGAUGACUACAGUGGGUUAUGGCGACAUUUCAGCUACUAAUUAUGUAGAAGCUGCAUUUAUAUCUCUAACUAUGAUUUUAUUCAGUUGUGUUUUUGCUUAUUCAGUUAAUAAUAUUGGUUUUAUUUUAUAAGAAAUAGAAAAAUCUUCUAAACAAUUGAAUGACAAUAUUAGUACAAUUUAAAGAUUUCUUAAUAGAAAAAAUGUAAAUAUGUAGCUUUAAAGCAGAGUUAGGCAUUACCUUUCUUUUUUAGCAGAAGAAUAGAAAGACAGAAACAAGUAGGCUGAAAACUAAAUUUUUAAAAUUUUAUCUAAUAAAUUGAGAGAUGAAGUUACUAUUGAAAUAAACUCUAGGAUUUUGAAGAAUUACUCACUUUUUAGUGAAAAUUUUUCUUAGAAGACACUUCGAAAUCUAGUAUUUAUCAUGGAAGAAGUUUUAGUUUCUCCUAAUGAAAUUAUUUUUGAGCAGGAUGAUUGCGAUGAUUAGUCUCUCUAUUUAAUUGAAAACGGUAUUAUUGAGAUAUAUCUUUUACAUCCUCCACAUAUUGAAGGGAAAAAAUAUAAUAAUGGUAAUAAUAAAGUCCAUAUGCUUUAGUAAUUAACUAAAAAUAGUCUCUUUGGAGAAAUUUCAUUCUUUUCUGGUUUGUUCAGAAAAGCAUGUGCAAGAAGCAUAAAUUUAUCAACUCUGUACAAGAUAAAUAGGAACAAGUUUAUUGAACUUAUUAAAGAAAAUUAGGAAGACCUUGAACGAUUUAAAAUGAUAGAAGAACAAAUAAAGGUGUAACUAGAUUACAGUUCAAUUUAGUUAUAAUGCUAUUCUUGCAAAUAAAAAGAUCAUAUAGCAAGCAAUUGUCCAAAGAUACAUUAGAUUUUUGAUUCAUAAUUUAUCAUUUUAAAGAAUAAUUUUAGCCAAUUUCAAAAUAGAAACUAUUAAGUGAAUAGAAGGUAAAAGCAGAAAAAAUACAAUCCCAGAUUAUAAAUUAAAGAGAACUAAAUAGUAUGCCACCAACUGAAGCAAAAUUUGAGGGAUUUUAAUUCUUAAACAGAUCUUAUGUUUAAAACAGAAUUAGAUAUAUAUAAUCACAAUGAGCAUCUUCAAAAAUCAGAAUCAGAUUAUGAGACUUCUUCUAACCAUUCUACAAAAAAUUCUGAUUUAUAUCAGAAAAUGAACUCAAAUUAAUCUUCUAGUUCUUCAAAAGAUCAAGCAAAAAAGUAAUUAGAAAAACAAAAAAAGCAAAAGAAAAAGCUUGUAGCGUAUAGCAAAAGCUAAAAAUAACUUAAUAAAGAAGAAAGCCCGUUAGCACUAACUAAUGACAUAGAGGUAGAUAAUUUAGAGUCUAUUUUAAAUUCUGAUAUGAGUUAAUUGAAGUGUCAAGGUUAUCAAAAGUCAAAGUCAAUUUCUUCUAAUUUUAAUAGUUCUUAAAAAGAAUUUGAAUAAUUUGAGAGCUUGAAGAGAGAAAGUAUUGAAAGAGAAAAAGAUGCCUAAAAUUCAUAUUUAAAUUAAGGCAGUUUAGAAAAUUAGAGUAGGUAAAAUAUGCACCAAAGUUAAGGCUAAAAAUAAUAAACCAUUCCAGAAUAAGAAAUUGUUAAGUAAUAAGAAAAUGCAAGAAAGAAGUUAAGGAAAAAAACAAAAAAGAUGACUAUAUAAAUAUCAAUAAUUAAUUAAAAUAAUAGUAAUUUAUCAGAUGAAAUACAUAAGAUAAAUAACUACGGAAAUAAUUAAUUUGGUUAGUUAAACGAAGCCAAUCAAUAUGAGUUCCAUAAAAACGAUAAUUUACAGGCAGGAAAUUUAUAUUGCAACAACGACUCAGAGUUAAAUCAAAACCAACAAAUUAUAACACAAAAUAAAAAAUUGAUAUAUUAGAAUAACACAAUCAAGAAUUUAAAUGGACCUUCAUUAAAGUUAGUAGAUGCAAAGGAUUUUCAAGAAGAUAAAAAUGUUAUUCAAAAGACUAUUGCAUUAGACAUCACAUAGUAGAGAAACGGGGCAUAGCUUACUUAAAAUGAUAUAUAAGAUAUUCUCAAUUAGAUAAUUAAAACCUAAGGAGGAGGGUAAAUAUUUCAAAACGAUGAUAAAUUAGAUGAUAUUUAAACCAACAACUAUUUUUCUAUGGAUUGCUUUGAAAUGAUAAAAGAGUUUAGAAAAUUCUUUCCUCAAAACAAUUUUAGCAGCAUAUUCAGCAAAUUUAAGUUUAAUAAAUUACUUGCAUUAAAGAAAUAUAAAGUUGAAAAAAAUCAAAUUUCUUUUCCAAAAAGCAAAAGAAAAAAUAUUUUUCUAAAAUUCAGCGUCUUUAGAAAAUCUUUAUUCUUUAGUGCUUUAUUACAGAAAUUACACAAAUCAGAAAUAAAUUUGGAUAGUUACAAGCCUACCUUUUUGUCUUAUGGUACAUCACAAAAAAGUGAUUCAAUUUACCCUAAAAUGUUUUAAACAACACAGAAAUAAUUAUAAAAUUGA